AUGUGCGGGGCGAUCUCGUUCAAACGCCGUUUGUAUGCCGCAGUCAACGGCCCGAAGAUUGAGACGUCGAGCGGCAACAAAACCCGUCACCGCCCCCGCCGUCACCGCCGCCGAUCGUCUCUCGGCCUUCGACCCCCGCACCUUUCCGCACAGGGAGGCAACAGCUCCCGCUUUCGCUUCCGCACUCUCACCCUCGUGCACAGCGAAAGGCAAGUAGCAAGUGCGGAAGGGCAUCGUGUAUCAUACCCUCCCGAUACGAACAACACCAUCAUCAUCGCUCACCAAGUCGUCGCUGCUCCUCCCACCGUCCGCGCGUCGGCCGCCAUCAUCAUGGCGUCGCAAGGAUCCCCUCCCCCCUCGCCUUCGCCCACUCGUGGAUUCGAUGUGUUGGGGCUUGCGAUGCUUUUGGUUCCUGAGGAUCUGCGGCAGCAGCUGGCUGGCUGCCGCGCUGCAUACCGGACGAUGACGGAUGUUGCCUUCGACUUGUCGAAAUAUCCACUCAGCGACGACGAUUUAUCGGUCUUUAUUUCGGCCUGGGCCGUCAAGAACGCACCCCGUCUCCUGCAACAGGACACGGGUUCCCAGCCCUACUCGUCCACGGCUGCUCCAGCAGCGGAAGCCGUCGCAACGCAGCCACGACCCUGCACACCGGUGCCGACUUCGCCAACGAUCUCGGCGCAUCCAAGCCCGCAGCUCCUGCCCGGCGAGCCAUCGACUCUGGAGCCGACGAUCAUCGACCUGACCCGCAGCCCCAGCCCUCCUUCCGCUGCGCCUGCCGCUGUCAGCAAUGAGAGCGCGGACAACCAUCGCGACGGCGCAGCCAGCAAGAAGACUCGCACUCCCGCCGCCGACGCUGCUUCGGAAUCGCGCCCGCGCAAGAAGAAUCGUUGCCUGCCCAAGUCGCCCCCCAUCCUAAUCCAGACUUUCUUGGCGCCGCCAAAGGGAGCCACCUCGCAGUAUCAAGGCGUCCACCUGAAGAGCGAAAAGGAAGGGCGCUACUGGUAUUCCAAAGCGGUGAUCAGAGUGCAGGAAGUGCCGAGCGAGGGGGGCUUCUCGGUCGACAAGACAGGGUCGGAGGUGCGCGCCGCAAUUCAGUACGAUCUGUGGCGACUCAAACUUCUCGACAGGCACAUGACGGUCAACUUUGAAAAAAUGCGACGCGUCUACAUCCACCUGCUCGUCCACUGCACGGAAUACGAGGCUGUCGAAAUGGCGUACGAGUGCCUCGGUGGCGACGGGUUCGCCCGCUCUGAAGCUGCUCGGAUUGCUCAAGAGGCCGACCCUCAGCCUGCGGCUUCUGGUUCGUCGUCGAACCCCAUCUCAGUCGACUCGCCUUCCCCUCCACCUGAGGCGGGGCCAUCCUCGCGUGCGGCAGAAGGACCUGUGCGCGGCACAAAGCCCGAGCUCACGCUAUCCAAAUUCGUCCCUGCCAAGCGCGAGUCCCCCUGA